UGCACAUAAAGAGCAGAAGGAGGAACUAAUGUGUCAUUUGCUCGGCGUCAGUGUUCAGUAAAGCACACGUGUACAGUGCUUUUCUCAUCAAGUAGACAUGAACAACAGUGUGGAUACAACCAAGCCACAGCUGGGUUACGCUGUGGUCUUUGGAUCUGUUAUGGUGCUGGGGUUGCCUCUCAAUGCUGUGGCACUGUGGAUUCUGCUACGCCGCCACAGCCUCAAAUCCCCCAAUGCUGUUUUCAUGGUCAACCUGGCCAUCUCAGACCUGCUGCUGGUCAUCUCCCUGCCCAUGAGGGUCUACUUUUAUGCCACAGGUACCUGGCCUCUGAGCUUCACUGCAUGCACCUGGAUUACAAUGCUCUUCCGCAACAACAUCCGCUCAAGCUCCAUCUUCAUCACCUUCAUCAGCAUAGAUCGGCUGCUGGCUAUAGUUUAUCCUCUGAGGACACGCCAUCUGAGAACCACUUCCAAUGCCUGGAAAUCUGCUGUGCUCAUUUGGAUUUUUGUGAUUGUGGUGAACAUACCAGAGAGAAUAAGUUUUUCUUCAAGACGCAACAAUAAUACUAACCCCACCUGUUUUCAAUUUGACAACCGCCGGCUGCCUUCUAUAACAGGACUGGAUUACUUUCAGUUUGUGUUAGUGUUUACUCUGCUGACCAUCAACAUUGUGUCCACUGCUUUGGUGUCUUGGACUCUACGCAGACAUCUCACUGACUCUGCAAGGAUCAACAAGAAGAUGAAUGUCAUGCUGAUUUUUGCCAUGAACUUGGUAAUGUUCAUCAUAUGUUUCGUGCCUGUUUCAAUUGGUGUUAUAAUUAGGACACCAGAAGUUAUGUAUCUAGUAUGUCUUGCUAGUCUGAACUGCUGUCUGGAUCCACUGUUGUACUACUUUUCUUUGGAUUCCUUCUGGAAGAAAAAAGAGGAUGCAGAUUCUGGUUCUGUCCAAAGGGAACAAAAUUUGGGUACCAGCACUCCCAGAGUUCACCAAUUAACUACUCAUUUGACAUCAUGA